GUCGAGUUUUAGGGUUUUUCGGGAUGGGGGAGGUUGUGAACAAGAACGAGAGCGAUUGGACCGACUCGGACGCGACGCAAGAUUUGUUUGCGAACAAAAGGCCGCGCAGCAUUUUGGUACCCAUAGGGUGCUUCGCUACAGCGGCAAUUCUCGCGAGUGGCCUGUGGAGCUUCAAAAAGGGCAACGUCAAGCACAGCCAGUACUGGAUGAGAGCUCGCGUCGUCUCGCAAAUGACCACUGUUUUAUUGAUGGCUGGAACGACUUAUGGAAUGAGCUUCACAGGUUCUUCUAGCUGAAAGGAAACGUAGAAAGCCAGAGAUCAAUAAAACAUAGAUCUUUCUUCUCAAAA